CGCUUAUUGCGGGAAGGUGGGGAGACGAGGAGGAAGAAAAAACCUUUCUUGGCUCGGCUAGGGUUUGCCUCUGCCUCUGUCUUCCGGCGGCCGGCGGCGAAGCGACUCAGACGAUGUCGAAGAAGAACAGCCUCUCCAAGCGGAAGAAGCAGCACGAGUUCGACCUCCAGAGGGAGAAGAAGGCCAAGGAGGAGCAGGCCAAGAAGCUGCAGGCCAAGAAGUCCAAGAUGAAGAUUGAUGGAAGCGAUAAGAAGAAGAAGGGCAGCAGCUUCAAGGUCGGCAAGAAGAAGGUGAAGACAAAGCUCUCAGCACUGGGAAAAGCCAAGGCCGCGCAAGCCAUGGAGCUCGACAACUGAUUCCCAUGGCCUAAACUGUUGCACCAAUGCGGGUCAUUUUGAUGUACUCGUCCGAGAAACGAAGUUCAUUUGCUCUGGCCAGGUCCAUGUAGUCGAGCUGCGUUAGAUAGAUAAGAGUUUUGGUACUUCUACAGUCGGAUCCUGCGGUUCCUGAUCGUGUAUGAUCCACCCCUCGAAACAUUUAUGCUUCAGAUGCAAGAUCAUAUGUGUUCUUGCCUAGUUGCCUGACCAGCAACUCCCCA